AUGGUAAAACUUUCACCGGAAUUAGUAGCAUCAUCAGCACAAUUUUUCAAUCCAAUCAAGGAGAGAGAAUUAGAUUUGAGAGGAAAUAAAAUUGUAACUAUUGAAAAUCUUGGUACUACGAGGGAUAGUUUUGAUGUGAUUGAUUUUUCGGAUAAUGAAAUUGCUAGAAUGGAGAACUUUCCAUUGCUAAGAAGAUUACAUACACUCUUUUUUAACAAUAAUAGACUAAAUUAUAUUGAUGAAAAGCUAGGAGAAAAGAAUUUACAAAACUUGGAAACUUUAAUAUUGACUAAUAAUUAUUUCAAGGAACUUUACGAGUUGAACGGAUUAAAGACAUUUAAAAAGUUGAAAUCGAUAUCAUUGCUGGACAAUUUGGUAAAUAAGAAGGAAAACUAUAGGUUAUAUUUGAUAUUCCUCUUACCAACUUUAAAGUACUUGGAUUUCAUCAAGGUAAAGAAAAUUGAAAGAGAUAGAUCUAAACACAUCUAUGGAACACUUGCCAAGCCAACAGAGGAAGCUCAAAAAAUUCUAGGAAUUACAAAGACAGCAGCUGUCAUUAGUACAGAAACUAGUAACAAACAAGCAUCUGCUUUAACAGAAAAGCCAGCCCUCUCUCCCGAGGAAAUUAUGAAAAUCAAAAAAGCAAUCAUACAAGCCAAAACGCUUCAGGAAGUUGAAUAUUACAAACAAGCUCUCAAACAAGGUAUUCUUCCAAAGGAGCUUCAUUAG